AUGGCCAGUGAGGGAUUGAAAGACACGGCUGAUGCCAGUGUUUCUAACGAGGGCAGCGGUGCCCAAAACGCGGGUGAAAUCGAAGCUCAGGACGUUGAUAUGAUGGCCAAUGAACAAAACUCGGAAGACGAGGAAGAAGAGGAGGAACUUGAUAAAGAAAAGAUUAAACUGUUGUCAAGCGCGACAUCCGAGGACGGCAAAUGCGCAUCUUUUCAGAUAUCGGAAGAAGACCACACUUUGGGCAAUGCUUUGCGGUACAUAAUCAUGAAAAACCCGGACGUCGAGUUUUGCGGGUACUCGAUACCUCAUCCAAGUGAGAACCUACUGAAUCUCCGGAUCCAGACAUACGGCGAGUCCACGGCGGUGGAGGUGCUACACAAAGGGUUGCAGGACCUCAUGGAUCUGUGCGACGCUGUGGAGGACAAGUUCACGCAGCGCAUUCGUGAGAUGUAA